AAGUAGCAGCUGCAAGCCUUCGGAUGUUUCUGUAACUGCUGUACAAGUUCUUAAUACAAGCAGAAAAGAGGCUCAUUAAUAAAUACUUUGUCAUCACAGGAUUUAUUGUUUUGCCAAAUCCACAUUCUUGCACUCUUAGGACCAUAUAUAAAUACUUCCGGUUUCUCCGGUUCCUGUAAGCAUUCCUGCUUCACAUCUACAAACUGUACAAGAAUAAAGCAGCAAGCGACAAGACUGAGGAUCGAUAAGAAGGUGAAAGUCUGACCUUAGAAUGGCUUAACAAACCUGGCAAAGGAUAUAAAGGAAAAAAUAAAUAAAAACUACAGAACAACUAAAUGGACAGCAUUGAAGAACAGAAGUUGGAAGGACAGUGCAAAAUUAACCAAACUGAGUGACUGUUCCCUUGCUGUUACAUUUCAGAAUGUCACGUACCUUGUGAUUCUAGAACAUGAGAUUGGCUGCUACAUGUGCUUGCCUGUUCCUGAUGCCUCUGGCUUUCAUGCAAGGUGUAAGCGACUGUAUGGUUAGUAAAAGGGCACCGUGUCAUAACCUUUUCAAUUUUGAAAUCAAGGUCAUGCCUACCCCAGCGAAGCGACUCCUCAUUUUCAACAACCACUUUGAUCAACUCAGUAACACUGAAAAAAUAUGUCUUUUACAAAAAGUGUUGGAAUUUUAUAUGCUAGUAAAUGAAGAUGUAUGGACCAAGGAACUACCAGAGCAAGAUAUAUGUGAGAUGCAUGAUCUUCUAGUAUAUUUUAAAGACAACUGUAUAAAAUGUGAAGCAUGUCAAGAAAUAUUCAAAAAUACAACACAGCCAAUGAAGAAAGGUUGCAGAGGAAUAUUUGAAAGUAGAGAAAAAUCUGAGAAGAAAUGUUACCAAGCAAAUGAUAAGAAGAGAAAAGGAAAAAAGAAUAUUUGCAGGAAAGUAUCACAAGACGAAAAACAAUCCAAUGGGACACAUUGUACAGAGCUAAAACAGUCAAAAAAGAAAGUUUGCAAAGGAAUGUUUGGAGAUAAAACACAAUCAAGAAAGUGCAGUAACUACAAAAGGAAUAUGGAUUUAAAUGGAACAGCAAUAAUAAAUUGUCAGCUGAGCCGUUUAAAACGUGAAAAGAGAAAGACACCUUCAAAAGUACAGGAAAAUUUUUUCUUUGAACUUGAUAUACUCCAAGAGUUUUUACGUUCAGCAGAAAGAACUGUUUCCAGAGAAGCCAAUCAUAAUGGAAGAUAAAGAACCUUCACAAUAUUUGUGUUCUACGUGGCAGUAGUAAUGGAAUGCAAAAAAAAAAAACGGUGCCAAAAGGAUUCCAAUGUGGUAUAUCAAUAACAUGGAAAUGAGGCUUGAAGUAAACCUCCAGCCAAAUCGUUUUUUGUUUUGGAUAGAGUGGAGAAAAAGGAGAACCUCUGCGAGAAGUGGGAGAAAAUCUCUGUAAGGUGACAACAGUCACCAGGACAUGAAAUUAGGGUUAAUCUCCCUCAUUGAGUAUACAUAAAGUAGUAAAUACAUAAAAGACGUUCUAACCACGAAUCUACAUAAAGGUGUGACUAUCGUUCUACUUUAAGGCCCAAAUCCAUGAACAUAAAAAAGUCACCCUUACAGUGCAACCCCCCACACACACAGCAAGGGUUAACUGUUUGUUGUCUAAGUGUAGAGGAAAUAGAAGAAACUACUUAUCUUAAUCCUCACUCCAGCAGGACCCCUCCAGUGCUGCAACUGGUCUCCUGCAGCUCAAUUGUAAGCUAAAAUCAGCUCCGGUUACACUCCUGCCUCUAUGUAUAAUACAAGGUUUGUGUCCCUGUAUGGUAUGUAAGGAUGCUGAGGUUCCUCCCACUGAUAUGAGAGUUGGACAAAAAAGAAGAGGGCUGGAGCUGGCUGGAGCAGGAUGUAGGGUAAGUGAUAGGUCAUGUAAACAUCUUACACAUAACAAGCAUGUAACCCAUGUAGUGUGGGAAGAGUCUACUUUUUUUUUAUUAUUAUUAUCAUGGAGUUAGGCUUUAAAGUAAAGCUAUUACAAACCCUGGCAAUUCAAACUAAGAAUAUGAUAAAAAAAAAAAGCUGGGGCUGUCUUGUGGUGAAAACCACAUAUCAAAAAAAGCCCUCUCCAAAGAUUAGCUAUCGCUCUAGAAACAAAAAAAAAUAAAAGUCCGAAGCUACAAAUACUGUAGCUGCUGGCUUUUAAUAAUAGGACACUUACCUGUCAAGUGAUCCAUCACAGUCCUCACCCGAGCUGGCUCUUCAGGUCCCUAGGGCCAGAAUCUUUAGUGUGGCAAGCUGACUGUGACAGCUUGUAGAUUCAAAGCCAGAUUCUCACUGCCCAUGAACAAGCCGCUCUGUGCUUUGUGAAUGGUCCCGUAGCUUUCUGGGACCUGUGAUGUAUCCCAGAAGGCUGCGGAGGAAAGGGAGCUGAACUUCCUUUCGAAUCGCAGUGGCGAUCCAACUGGAAGUGGGAGCAUGUACCUGUUAAAACUAGGUACCCGAUCCCCCAAAAAGUGUCAAAACUUUAAGGGGGUGGGGAGGAGGCAGACAAGCGUAACUUCCUUUUUUUGGUGAAGUUCUGCUUUAACAGUGAGGCCAUCAAUCAAAUUAAAGAACCAAUAUGGUAACUUGGGAGAGAGGAAGUCUUUAAAGUUAAGAUGUGCAUAUAAUGUUAAUUACCUAUAAGCCCUUUCACACACACAUAUGCUUUUAUGAUGUGAUUUUCAUGUGUUUCCGCUGCUUUUUCUGGUUGUCUGACUCCCUGCAUGCACCCGUGAAACAUUUAACUCAAAAAGCGCACCAAAAACACAAUUACAUUUUUGACUUCCAUUAAUUUUAGUGUGGAGAUGCGUUUUUUUGCUUUUUUUAAAAGUGCACCAAAGAUGUAACAUGCAGGACUUGUCAAACGCUCCGCACCCACAGAGCACUGAUGUGAAGCAUUUCAUAGUAUUUCUUGCAUUUUUAUUGCACUCUUAACAAGCUAAAAGUGCAGCAAAAGUGCACCAGUGUGAAAAGGGCCUUUAGGCUGACCAUAUACAGGUAUUACACCAUUUUCUUUCCUUCAACCACGGAGUGAAUGGAAGAAACUCAUUUGAUUCCCCCAUCAACACAAUCAGUAUUGAUGGAGGACUCCCUCCCACUGUGUUAUCGUAAUUGGACAGUGGAGGUUUUGCUGUCGUCAGAAUACAAUGAGCACUGCUGCUAGCUAUAGACUUCGGCAGUGAUCAUACAAAAAAAAAGAGGCAGGCUUGUUGUACAGAAGUCGAACGAUAGAUCCACUUCAGUACAAACAAUUUUCCCAUCGAUGUAUUAAAUUUGGUUUAAUCUCUGUAUUUACUUAUCACUUGACAUGCCGUUUUCGCUGGGGUUAACAUUUGAUAAUGCGUCUUGUCAUCAUAUGCUCAAUUUGUAUUGCCAAAGUUUGUGCCAGGGUUAUUUUAAUGUAAAUCCAUCUUCAUGCACCUACCACCUGUCCAAGGAAACAGAUGACUGCACAAGAGUGUUGUACUGAAGAUGUUGACUACUCCACUGGACGAUCUGAUUAAACUGAAUUCUACAAAAUUGAUACGCCUGAAAACUGUUUUACAACAUUACCUUAACUUCUGCCAUAAUCCAUAAGGAAGCUCAAUAAGUUAUUUUACAAGCAAAAUAUGUUAAAGUGAUGUUGUUGCUUUGUUGUUACAUUCCUGCAAUGCUGUAUUUAAGAGCUGUUUAUCUACAUGGACAAUUGGACAUCCAUUUUGCAGAAAACCAACACAUGGAGCAAAAUGAAGACUAAUCCAGCAUUAGAAGAAGCUAUUUUAUUCACAAUUUAUAUGAAAAUAAUUAUUUAUAUUUAUUAUCAGUAUUACAAUAUAGCCCCAUAUUUUA